GAAUGUUUCAUUCUUGACCGGUAUUUAAGAAGGCCACGAGACUAUCGCAACUUUGCCCGCACGCAUCGAACUUGGCCGACACAGACACCCGGCCGCGGCUAUAAAACGAAUCGCGCGCAAAGUGGAAGGUCAGUGAGCGACGAGUGCUUUGUUCGUGUAAUUUCCAUCUAUGUUUUUAAUCGCAAAAGUCUUGACAACUGAUAAUAAAACGUCAGGAUCAGAGGAGAACAAUUAACAACAUGGCACAUGUGUAUAUUCCAUUCUUAUUCUUGAUGUAAAAGACAUUCAAGAUCCAAAGGAAGAAUACGAGUCAUCAGUUAAAGUCAUCAAGUAAUUAAAACAACUUAAAAUCACUACCAACUCGUUACAACUCGAAAAUAUAUAAUCUAUUUUUACUACUUUGAUAAAAAUAUGGAGACGCGAGUAUCAAGUCUUGAUUUAAAGGAACAGAUCGACAAUUUGCUGUUCUCGCCUUCACACCACAUGAAGAAAUCUGAAACAAAGGACAGCAUCUCCUCGGUAGAUAGUGACGUGAGUCUUUCUUUCGAUAGAAGAAGAGAUUCCAAAAGCGAUGAGGCCGACUUGUCAGAUUACGAGAGUGAGAUCAAGUCCUCUACCAAUCGGGUAAAAAACAUUGAUAUCGAGCAAGAUUCGGGCGCAGACACUUUGGAUGACGCUACAUUGGAAGAAGUGGAAAAACAGAAGAAACAAGUGGAUCUAUCGUCGGAAUUUUCAACGAUCGUGAGAACGACCAACGAUUUUGUGAUGCCGGAUGACGAAUUAGCCGACAAGAUAUGCGCUCAGGUGGAAUAUUACUUUUCUGAUGAAAAUAUCGUAAAGGACGCGUUCCUAUUGAAACACGUGAAAAGAAAUAAGGAAGGCUACGUGUCCCUUAAAUUAAUAUCCAGCUUCAAAAAGGUCAAGCACCUCAGUAGGGAUUGGAGAGUGGUCGGAGCGGCUUUAAAGAGGUCUAAAAAGCUCGAGCUUAAUCCACAAGGCAUUAAGCUGCGUAGAGUGGAUCCUCUGCCACUUUUCGAUCAAACAACUCCUUCCAGAACCAUUUUAGCAGUUGGCUUACCGAGAGAGAAAUUAACAGUUGAAUCUGUUGCAGAGAUUUUUAAACCUUGCGGUGAAAUAGCGCUUAUAAGAGUGCUCAAAUCUGGACGUCCUGUUCCGCCCGAGGUACGACAAGCAAUCGCCAAAAGGGCAGAAUUGGCCUCCAUGCAGGAAUGCGCCAUGGUCGAAUUCACUGAUUCGGCUUCCGCUCGAAUUGCCACGCAGAUGGUCUCGAGUGACAUAAAAAUAUUUGAAUUGCGUCACUCGGCUGACAAGAAGAAGAAGCAAUCUACAAAAAAAUGUACUCUCAAUACAAUAGCAAAAGAAGACAAUCACAACUCGUCCAGUUGUCCUAGUGGAUCCGAACCUGAAGAUGGGAGAAUAAGGGUUAAGAGAGGUUUCCACGGAUAUCCGAUGUAUCACGUUUAUAAUACGAAUUAUCCUUUCCAAGCAGGACCAACAUCACCGGACACGUGCUUAUCUCGUAAGCUCUCUACCUGCUCUAUAUCCAGUUCCGAAAACGGUUUUAUAUUUCGACGUCUGUCUUCUUGUUCCGGUUCUGGAUCUGGUUCCAGCUCAGAUUCUGGUAGACGUUAUUCCACUUGUUCGUCUGGUUCCGAAGCAGCUUUCUUUUAUCCAAGUUAUUCGAAUAAUUUUCAUCAUCACGAAAGCCGCCGUUAUUCCUGCUGUUCAUCCACUAGUUCUCCAAUAGAAUGCCGAGAAAACUGCUACUUCUUAAAUCGUCGUGGAUCGACUGAUUAUGGACCGUCAUCGAGAAGGCCUUCGACAUACAGUCGUGAUUUCGAUACCAGGAGAUCAUCCUUAUGCUCUUCGAACUCGGAACAAAACGUGUUCUGUCGUUCGAGAAGCAACAACAAUAUCGUAAUGACGCACGUGCCUGAGAAUGUAACGAGAAUGCCAGCAGGACCCGAUGGCACUCGCGGUUUUUUUGGUCGUUUCGGAACGAUAUCAACCUCUAUAGAAUCUAUUCAUUAAACACUAUUAAAAAAAAUUUGUUGCUAGAGAUUAGAUUCAAAGAGUUACAUUAUAUAAUACUGUUCAAUACUCGAGCAUCGCAUUGUAAAAUCGAACGAAUCAAGUUAAUGCACAGUGAUUUCAGAUUCUAUACGAAAGCCGGAUAAAAACUCGUUUUUUAAAUUGUUAAACGGAGGUAAUUAUUUAUAAUAAUUUUGUUGUACCGUAUAAAAGGAUUAUAAAACGCUAGGUAUAAUUUUAUCUUUUUCUGUUAAAAAAAAUAUAUUUAGAAUAAUUUCUCAAAUUAUUUUUUUGUAGUGGUACCAAGUUUGAAACAUAUUUUACGUUAUAUGUUUCUAAGGUAUUUUUAUAUGAAUUUUAUAUGAAAUGGUAUGUAAUAUCUAUUUUUAUUUUUUCGUUACUUUUUAUGCAGGAGUAACAAGUAAUAAUAGAAGAAUGUAGAACAACCUGUAAAGCAAUUAAUAAUUAAAAACAAUUUAGCUGUCAUUUAAUCAUAUCUAGAUGUUGUGAUAAUAUUUCUCAUAUGAUUUUAUAUUUAUCUUUUCGAGUUUAUCAAAUUGCGAGCUGAAUAAAUUUACAAUCUUGAAAUACAGUUAUAUAAAUUGAAUAAGAAUACUAAUAUCAAGAUAGUAAA